AUGAUUCCAAUACCCUGGGAUACAGAUGAAAUCCGUUAUUUCAUCGGCUUCCAGGUUGAUUUGGUCGAGUGUCCCGACGCCAUUGCGGGGUCUGAGUUUGGUGGCGUUGCCGUCAAUUACAAGCACAGCGAUAUUGGCCAAUACAUUUGGACUCCGCCGUCCUCUGCUUUCUGGGAGGCCGACAACGGGCAGACACUGGGAGUGGACGACGUCUCAACCAUAUUGCAGCAGUUCAAUGCAAAGGGCAUUGAAUCAGAUUGGCACCGCACUGUGCCUAUCACCCGAGAACUCAAAGACGCGACUGCUGGAGAUCAAGUCAAUAUUGUUUUCAGCAUACGAAGAAAGCAGAGUGGAUACACAUGGUUCGAAAGCCACGGAUCUCUCUACGUUGAGCAGGGCAAAGGCCGGAAGUGUAUCAUUCUCGUCGGCAGAAAACGCCCCGUAUUCUCCAUUGGCCGUCGAAACAUCGAGUCUCACGGCGGCAUUGGCGACAGCGAAAUGUGGACCAAGCUUUCAACCUCGGGCACUUUCCUCUACGUCUCAUAUAAUGUACGUUCGUUUCUCGACCUGCAACCAGAAUCGCUUGUCGCUACAAAUAUACAAGAGUUGACGCGUAAGGAUUCUAGGGCUGGAUUUGGCCGCACUUUGGAAAAGGCACGACGUGGUAAAAUUGUUAGCUGCAAGCACGAGGUUCUAAACCGGAGCGGCCAAGGACUGCAAGCCCAAACCACGCUCUAUCCUGGAGAUGCAGCUGAAGGACAGAAGCCGUCUUUCUUGCUGGCACAGACAAACCUCUUGAAAGCAUCCUCAAGGGCUCUGGCGCCGGCCACUUCAACAGCCGGCUCUACCACCAGCAGAUCGGUACAUGGACAGAUCUUCCAACCGGCAGGCGGCGGCUUGACCUUGGGUAACCAAGACGAAGCGCUUGCGUCCGAUGAUAAUAUAUUUGACGAACUGAGGACAACAAAGUGCUCCAGCUGGCAAUUUGAGCUCCGUCAAAUGGAAAAGGUUAUAAGAAUUGAUCCAAGGCAAGAACGUGCCGUUGUUGAAUGA